AGGUAAAGAAAUUUGACGAUACAUCUAAUCUGUUUCGAUGUUUUAUCAGCAUCUUUAUUGGUUUGACAUUAAAUUUUACUGUUAUACAUCUUUCGAAAAACAGAUGCAUACUUGUAUUUUUCAGUUAUUUGCGAGGCACCGAAAAACGCUGUGGCGUCCACCAUUACACACAACUCAGUCACUGUAACAGUGGAUCCAGUCUCCGUUCCCCAGCACGAUAAAUAUUUUUACGGCUACAGAAUCCUUUACAAGAAUCUUGAAGACCCGGAAUCUCAGUGGGCGGCACUAUCUCGAGUUGUUCGCCGCAAUGUGCCUCCGAUCAUGGCCGUAAUGUAUUUACUCCGUCCGUAUACCAAUUACGGCUUUCGUGUUUCGGCAGUAUCGUUUCAAUCUGAAGGCCUCAUUUCUGAAGUUCUCAACGUCAGAACGGCUCAAUGGGGUACGUAAUUAACAUAAAGGCACGCUCAGAUACCAGCUUGUUUGCUGUAUAUCGUAGCUUUUUACAGUAAAAGAGUGCAGGUGCUGUUUCCACUCGAAGCCAGAGGUUUUGGUACGUUAUUGUUGCUCGGCCUCCUCCAAGUAUCAGGAACAGGAGUUGUGAAGAUUAGGACUAUCAUGUUUAUUUUUGCCUCCUUAUUAAACAUUGCCUCAUUGAGCAGUCACUUCUCCUGAGUUCUAAAUUCUUAAGCUAAAACAAGGAGAAGUCCCUCACGAAUAAUCCACUACUGAAAUGUACACAAUAAGGAGGAGGCAGGGAUAUUGCACUAGGACCAAUUUUUUUUUACACGUAACAAACAGCGUAAAGUUUACAAUGGGAUCUUCACUUCUUAUUAAUGUCAAAUGAAAUGUCGAAUUGUGAAACAAGUGACUGAAGAUUACAGGUAUAAGUGGUUUUCUAGCUAACAAAUUAAGAAACCAAACGCUUCUCAUAUUAUAUCACACAGUUCCCUCUGUUGGACCAGUAAUUGUCGCAUACCGCAGCACAAGCUCUACCAGCAUCUACGCGCAGUGGAAUCACUCAAUUCCACAGGUACUAGUCAAUGGCAUUUUGAUUGGCUAUCGAGUAGCCUGGGAUGAGGAUCACUUCAGCUCUGAUCAUCCUGACGACUCUCAGGGUUAUGCAGAGGUGGGACCGGACUCUUCAAACUACGUUGUUACCUCGCUGCACGAGUAUUGGCUUUAUAACAUCCGUGUGGCUGGAAGGACAUCAGUUGGACAUGGAGUUGAUACUACAGUGACAGUCAGGACCGAUGAUAGCAGUAAGUGUUUUACGAACUUUUUUUCUUAAAUUUCUGUUGUUGUUAUGUAUUGUUUAGAGACUCCCAAGGAGUUAAGCCUUGUAGUCUUUGGAAGACGUACAGAAAUUUAAGAAUCCCUGCUUAACUAUCAGCAAUGAAGUUUUAAUGCCAGAGAGACGUGAACCUUCUUACUUGCUUCUUUCUACAGCUCCUUCUGCACCUCCUUCUGACUUACAGCUCCACAUGGCUAACGCAUCAGCUUUAAAUGUGUAUUGGAACGAUGUGCCAUUGAUUCACCAAGAUGGCGUGAUUCUGGGCUAUCGGCUUCUCCUUCAAAGGGAAGACGGCGGUUCGGUGGUACGGAAUAUAACUCUUGGACCUGAUGUGCAUGGGUAUAUUGUAUCAGACCUUUUGAUUUUCCAGAAUUACUCGGUUCAGAUAUUGGCGUUUACCAUGAAAGGAGAUGGUCCUUUGAGUGAGAAGGUAUAUCGGAUGACGGAUGAAUCCGGUGAGUUGAAUGGUCUUGAAUUAAAACGUACUCUGCUAGUGUUUCCCAUCAAUUCCCCUGUCAACCUGACCGCCCACAAUGUCAGUUCACGUGAGAUUGAAGUGACCUGGAACUACAUUGAGGACCCCCGUCUGGUCCUCGGUAACCUGCAAGGCUUCUUGCUGUACGUCUUAGAGGCUAAUGCAAGCGAUUUCUUCGCGGACGACGCAAUAUUAAGAACUGAUUACACAGAUACUGGCAGAAGUACCCGCGUCGGGGGACUGGAAAUAUUUAGGCUGUACAACAUUUCCGUAGCUGCGCGCACAGUNAUGGCAAAGACAAAUAAUGGUCCGGAUACAGAAAUAGGUUUGAAAAUUGUCUUCUCGAACCUUGUUUACGAUUCCGAUAGAGCUGAUCUGUGGAAAACGGAGUUUUCUAACAAAGUGAAUGAAAUAUACGCUGGCGAUGCAAUGGAAAUUAAAGAUAUCUCUGUUUCAGAAAGUUAUGGGAAUGCUGCAAUAUCAUUUACUUUAAAAUUUCAACGCGUAAUAUGGAAAUACAUGCUGAAUCUUCAACUUGCUGUGGAAAAUGGAACCUUUUUUGGAUCCCUUGGCGUCCUUGAUGAGAGGUCUUGUGAAAAUAAAGAUGACGAUAACUUUAUUUGCGAGGCACCGAAAAACGCUGUGGCGUCCACCAUUACACACAACUCAGUCACUGUAACAGUGGAUCCAGUCUCCGUUCCCCAGCACGAUAAAUAUUUUUACGGCUACAGAAUCCUUUACAAGAAUCUUGAAGACCCGGAAUCUCAGUGGGCGGCACUAUCUCGAGUUGUUCGCCGCAAUGUGCCUCCGAUCAUGGCCGUAAUGUAUUUACUCCGUCCGUAUACCAAUUACGGCUUUCGUGUUUCGGCAGUAUCGUUUCAAUCUGAAGGCCUCAUUUCUGAAGUUCUCAACGUCAGAACGGCUCAAUGGGUUCCCUCUGUUGGACCAGUAAUUGUCGCAUACCGCAGCACAAGCUCUACCAGCAUCUACGCGCAGUGGAAUCACUCAAUUCCACAGGUACUAGUCAAUGGCAUUUUGAUUGGCUAUCGAGUAGCCUGGGAUGAGGAUCACUUCAGCUCUGAUCAUCCUGACGACUCUCAGGGUUAUGCAGAGGUGGGACCGGACUCUUCAAACUACGUUGUUACCUCGCUGCACGAGUAUUGGCUUUAUAACAUCCGUGUGGCUGGAAGGACAUCAGUUGGACAUGGAGUUGAUACUACAGUGACAUCUUUGGAAGACGUACAGAAAUUUAAGAAUCCCUGCUUAACUAUCAGCAAUGAAGUUUUAAUGCCAGAGAGACGUGAACCUUCUUACUUGCUUCUUUCUACAGCUCCUUCUGCACCUCCUUCUGACUUACAGCUCCACAUGGCUAACGCAUCAGCUUUAAAUGUGUAUUGGAACGAUGUGCCAUUGAUUCACCAAGAUGGCGUGAUUCUGGGCUAUCGGCUUCUCCUUCAAAGGGAAGACGGCGGUUCGGUGGUACGGAAUAUAACUCUUGGACCUGAUGUGCAUGGGUAUAUUGUAUCAGACCUUUUGAUUUUCCAGAAUUACUCGGUUCAGAUAUUGGCGUUUACCAUGAAAGGAGAUGGUCCUUUGAGUGAGAAGGUAUAUCGGAUGACGGAUGAAUCCGGUGAGUUGAAUGGUCUUGAAUUAAAACGUACUCUGCUAGUGUAACCUAUCUGUUAGCAUGGAAUGGCAAACGUCCCUAUUAGGUUUCUUUAGCAGCAUUUAAUUUUCCAGCCACAAACCCCUAAAAUAUUCGCGCUAUCCAACGGCACAGUAUUUUUAACCCCUUUAGUUGUCCCCAAACCAGCGCUAUCUUUCACUUUGACACUCAGAAGGCCCUGAUCAUGAAGAACAAUGUCGUACUCUACCUCAAUCAUGUAUGAUAGUUGUUUUUGAUUCUUCCUUUAAAUUUUCAGUUCCCAUCAAUUCCCCUGUCAACCUGACCGCCCACAAUGUCAGUUCACGUGAGAUUGAAGUGACCUGGAACUACAUUGAGGACCCCCGUCUGGUCCUCGGUAACCUGCAAGGCUUCUUGCUGUACGUCUUAGAGGCUAAUGCAAGCGAUUUCUUCGCGGACGACGCAAUAUUAAGAACUGAUUACACAGAUACUGGCAGAAGUACCCGCGUCGGGGGACUGGAAAUAUUUAGGCUGUACAACAUUUCCGUAGCUGCGCGCACAGUCAAGGGCCCCGGUCCUAGAAACGAUUCUGUUAUAGUUAGGACCCAUGGUGAAGGUUAGUGGACGGUACUCUUGCGCAGCUGUAGCCCGCUAAAUCUAGAAAGAAUCCUGAAUUACCAGGCGUUUCUGCUCGCGUCCUUAAUUUUUCUUCCCUGUAGAGUCGGGAUUUCGAGGACCUGAAAGUUCCACCCCGAAGACGGUUCAACUCUCUCUUCGACUGCC